CCGAACGGCUGUUGUCAACGAAAUGAAAGGGACGAGAGGAGACGGCCCUUAACUUCUUCAGAGUCACACCAAGAAGAAGACAUAUUCUCUCUCCUUCAAGUCUCGUUCGUCUCACUCAUUUCCUUCUUCUUUCCUAUGUGCCCUAAUUUCCUCAAUCAUUUCACUUCCAAAUUCCUUUCCUUUCUCGAAUCUGAUCUUCUGCUUCGAUUAAGUUCUUGUUAAACUCUCCGAGGGAAGGCCAUCUGGUAAUAUUCUAAAGCUGCAUUUUAUAGCUGCUUUUCAUCUGCAAGUGAGUUCAAAAGUGUGAUGAGAUUUUAUAAUUAAAUCUGAUAACAAGAUGGAUAGGAGACAACAUAUUGCUAUUUUUACAACUGCUAGCCUUCCAUGGUUAACGGGAACUGCUGUGAAUCCUCUGUUUCGUGCUGCAUAUCUGGCCAACAAUGGGCAAAGAGAUGUCACUUUGGUGAUCCCUUGGUUAUCUAUAGAAGAUCAAGUUCUUGUAUAUCCCAACAACAUUACAUUUGGUUCACCCUUAGAUCAAGAGAAAUAUGUCAGACGAUGGCUUGAGGAGAGGGUUGGAUUCACAUCUAAUUUCAAUAUAAAGUUUUAUCCUUCGAAGUUUUCUAGAGAUAAAAGGAGCAUUCUUGCUGUUGGAGAUAUUUCAGAAAUCAUCCCUGAAAAAAAAGCAGAUAUUGCUGUUUUGGAGGAGCCAGAGCACCUAACAUGGUAUCACCAUGGUAAAAGUUGGAAAGCUAAAUUUCAGCUAGUUAUAGGAAUUAUUCACACUAAUUAUUUGGAAUAUGUGAAGAGAGAGAAGAAUGGAAGGAUGAUCUCCUUUUUGUUGAAAUAUAUGAACGAUUGGGUUGUUGGUAUAUAUUGUCACAAGGUAAUUAGACUAUCUGCUGCUACCCAGGACUACCCUCGUUCCAUCGUGUGUAAUGUUCAUGGAGUUAAUCCUAAAUUCCUUGCAAUUGGCAAGAAAAAGGUAGAGCAACAACAGAAAGGAGAUCAAGCCUUUGCCAAAGGUGCUUACUACAUAGGGAAGAUGGUAUGGAGCAAAGGAUACAAGGAGCUGCUUAAACUUCUUCGCAAUCACCAAAAGGAAUUAGCUGGGCUUGAAGUUGAUUUAUUUGGCAGUGGAGAGGAUUCAGAUGCAGUUCGACAAGCAGCAAAGAAGUUGGAAUUAGCAGUUAGAGUUCACCCAGCAUGUGAUCAUGCUGAUCCUCAAUUUCAUGAUUACAAGUUGUUUCUAAAUCCUAGCACAACAGAUGUGGUUUGCACGACAACUGCUGAAGCUUUGGCUAUGGGAAAAGUUGUUGUAUGUGCCAAUCAUCCCUCAAAUGACUUCUUCAAGCAGUUCCCGAAUUGUCGAACAUAUGACAAUGAUAAAGGGUUUGUGAAAGCCACACUAAAAGCGGUGAGUGAAGAGCCUGUUCAACUUACUGAUGCUCAUAGACACGAGCUUUCAUGGGAGGCUGCCACCGAACGUUUUCUCAAGGUUGCUGAACUGGACAAGCCACUUGUGAGACAGUUGUCAAAUAGUACAUCAAAUAGCUACAUGUCUGCAUCAUUAACUUUGCAGCAGAGUGAGGAUGUAUCGACAUAUAUACAUCAUAUUGCUUCUGGGUUUGAAGUAUCUAGAAGACUAUUUGGUGCAAUUCCAGGUAGCUUGCAACCAGAUGAACAGCUAUGCGAGGAGCUUGGGUUGGCUAUUCCUUCUGGGAAUCAAGGGUCAAGAAAAUGAUUUGAGACACCUGUAUUUUUUCAAUUUGAGGUUUCUUGGUUAUUGUGGUCCAAAGGGUACAAAUAGUGCAUAGGUGCAAAGGAUCUGUUCAUGUCAUUUUGGGAAAAGGCUUGAUGCAUAGGAUCUAUAUUCUUCACAGAACGCAUCCCUUUUUAGAGGCAUGAAACCUGUGGAAAAGCAGUUCAAUUGUAGGGUCAACUGAUUAGUUGUGAGGCAAAUCAUUAUUGUAUCAUCUGUACGAUGAAUGAUGAUUCACUGUAUUUAUUGUUCAUAUUACAACCCAAUGUAUAAUAAUAUGUUGUCCCUGGAA